AUGGCGCCAACCGCGACAGCUGCUGCCUCGCCCAUGGCCUCUGCCUUAGCAGUGCUGGCUUCAUGCAAUCUCAAGGAGCUACACCUCAAGCGGGCUGACGGCAGUCGCAUCCUGGACACGCUGCACGCAACCUGCCGCGCUGCGGGGCUCAUCCCCCCCGGCACACCCGACGGCACCCCGCGGGAACGCUAUAUGGCCGUCUUUGACGCGGCCCUGAACGGCGGCCUUGGCUGCUGGAUACUGGAUUACGUCGAAGUGGUUUGCGCCGACCGACACCUUACCUCCAACGAUCCCUUGGAGGUCUACCUUUUGGACGGCGGGUUCGUCAAAGCCUGGGCGCAAACCUUCCUGCAGCGCGCCGAGCAGGCAGCGACCUCCGCAUUGAUCAGCGAUUCCUCCUUCCACUCCUUUCAGUCCAACCAGCUGCAACAGCUGCUUGCACAGACACGCGUCCUCGUGUCCGUACUGCGCUCGCUGGAUCGCAUCCGCGCCGUGGCGGCAGGCGGCACGACGGCCCUGGCCGCAGCAGCUGCGUCAGGGCCAGCAGCUGCUGCCGUACAGGACAGAUACUCGGUGAAGUCGGAGCUGAAGCAGGCGGUGCUACUGGAGCAGGCCUUCCAGGUGAUGGACUGGUGCUCCAGGCAGGGUCUUGCGGGCCCCCGGGGCGCCCCGGGCCGCUUCGCCUCCUACGCGGAGUGGUCCCGGGCGGUGACUGCACGGAGGUCCCGGGCAGCCCCCAGGCCGCUGUUCCUGGACUCCCUGCUGCAGUCGCUAUCGCUAUCUGGCGCCUACCCCUCCGCCUCCAUACCCCACAUGCUCCACACGCUGCUGCUGGUCGUAAAGGACGUGGAUCCAGCCACGUGGGCCUCAAAACUGGCGUUGCUGUCGUAUUACCUGAUGGAUGCGGGCGUCCUCGAUGGCGCCGAUGUCUCCGCGGGGGCUGGUGGCGGCGGCAGUGGAGUCACUCCCCGGUUAGAGGCCGCUCUGGGGGACUUGCGGAGGACAUUUCGGUUGUCAGCCGGGGAUGUGGGCGUGUGGCAGUGCUAUUACCUGCUGGACUGCACAUCCCCAGCAACCCCCGGGUCUGAGGACCCCUACCUGGCCCGCGCCUGUGCCCUGCUGCCCGCGUACGUGUCAGAGAACACUCCCUUCGCCUUUGUUGAGGCUCUACUGGCACUCGGUCGGCCCGAUGUGGCGCUGGCAGUGGACCGGGGGCAGUUCGGAGCGGCGGGAGGAGGAGGAGGAGGAGGAGGAGGUGGGGGGUUGACGGCAGCAGCAGCUGUGACAGGCGCGGGUGAUUCAGGAGCCACUGGCGCCUCUGCCUCCUCCGGACGCAAUUGCGGCUCGCUGUCCCAGGCCAUGACGCUGCUGGAGGUCCGACUCAGGUGCGGUCUCAUGACGGAGGCCUUCAUGUCGCUGAGGCAGCACACGGCGGACCUGGCGGCGCGGGGGGAGCCCCUGGAGCGGCUCAGAGAGCACACCAGGGAGCUGAUCAGGAGGCUGGCGGGCUGGGCGGCGGAAGGGGACGUAGCGGCGGCUACGGAAGCGGCGGGUGGUGGAGGUGGAGGCUGUGGUUGGCUCAAUCGCCUGACGGAGCUGCCCCUUGAUGCGAACGAGGAGUUCGUGUUGGUGGAGUGGCUCACGGAGCAGGCGGAGGCGGGGCGCACCGCGGGGGCCUUCCUGCCGCUGUUCUUCCUGCAGAGAGGCAGGGUCAGCGAGGCGACGGCGGCGUGGAGAAAAUGGUCUGCUCGCCAGGACGUUCUUGCCAGCGCUGGCGGCCGGGCCCCCUCCGUGCCCUCCGCGCUGCUGACCGAGCUGGUGUCAGCCGCCCUGGAUGCCGAACACGAGGCUGCACUGCCCGUACCGCUGCGGAACGUCCAGGUGGUGGCACCUGACCCCUCAGCCGGUGCUGUCGCCGCGACGGCGCCGCUGACAGACCUGGCACCGGGUCAGGGUGCCGUAUCGAUCCUGGCGGGCCUGGUGAGUCAGACUGCCCCCGACCAGCCAUUGGCAAUACUGCCGUUCCACGGUACGGAGCCCCCCCCGCUCAUUACACGCGUCGUACAACCGCCGGCGACGAUGUCUUCGGUAGAGACGCUGACGCUGACGCCGGGCGGCGUCAACAUAGCCGGCAGCGGCUUGUGCGGGAGCGAUGUAUUCACGCAGCCGACGCAACAGCAGCAGCAACAGCAGCAACAACAACAACAAUCGCAUGCGCCAUUCGCGGCGAUGCCCCUCCUGCUGCCCAGUACGGCACCAUUCCACACGCCCCCAGCCACGCCUGGCCCAGACGUGCAGGGGUUGUACGGGUCCACGCAGCUACUUGGUGGCGGUGGCGGCGGCGGCGGUGCUCUCGGGCCUCUUGGGACCGUCCACGGCGGCGGUGGUGGCGGUGGCAGUCUGCUCUUCAGUGUCGGCACUGGCGCCGGAGGAGGCGAGCGACCGCCAGCUGGCCAUACCGCUGGCGGCGUCGGGGUCGGCUUCGGUGCUCGGGCUUUACGGAGCUUCAAGCGCUCUAAGCCCAACGACUGGCUAUAG